AUGACGAACAGUUCGACCUGCAAUGAAACAGACCUCAAGCCCUACUAUGCGAUUACGUACACUUUCAUCCUGGUCCCUGGACUAAUAGGAAACACAUUAGCUUUGUGGGUCUUUUAUGGGUACAUGAAAGAGACUAAAAGGGCCGUAAUAUUUAUGAUCAAUUUAGCCAUUGCGGACUUAUCGCAGGUUUUGUCCUUGCCCCUGAGGAUUUUCUACUACUUGACCGGGACAUGGGAAUUUGGAGGAGGUCUCUGCAUGCUUUGCUUCUACCUGAAGUAUGUCAAUAUGUACGCAAGCAUCUACUUCUUGGUUUGCAUCAGCGUAAGACGUUACUUGUUUCUUAUACACCCAUUCAAAUUCAGCGACUGCAAACGCAUCUGUGAUGUGUAUAUCAGCAUCAUUGGGUGGGUUGUGGUCUGCGUUGGCUGUUUGCCUUUCCCACUUCUCAGACUUCACCAGGAUGUUAAAAACACGUGUUUUGUGGAUCUCCCCGUAAAGGAAGUUGACCUUCCCAUCUCCAUUGCAAUGAUGACAAUAGGUGAAUUGGUGGGGUUCGUAACACCCCUACUCAUCAUCCUAUACUGCUCCUGGAAAACUAUCUUAUCAUUAAAAGAAAAAAAUUCUGCUUCACAUGACCUCGGAGAGAAAAAAAAGGCUUUGAAGAUGAUUCUCACCUGCGCUCUGGUAUUUCUGAUUUGCUUCGGACCUUAUCAUAUCAGCUUUCCACUAGAUUUCUUUGUCAAAACAAAAAAGAUUAAAAACAGGUGUGUCCAGAAGGUGAUCUCGGUGUUUCACGUCGUAGCUUUGUGCCUUGCCAGCUUGAACUCCUGCGUGGACCCAGUCAUCUACUACUUUACUACAGAUGAGUUCAGGAGACGCCUUUCCAGGCAGGAUUUGCAAGACAGCAUUCAGCUCCACAGCCUUAGUUACGUGAGGAAGCACUCCAAGGAUGUGCUCAGGGAGGACACCAUGGAUUACUAG